GUUGUGACAGGCCAAUGAACGAAUGGUGCAGAGGCAGGACAAAAAGAAGAGAGCCAAUGAUGGAAAGAAGCCCGUGCAUUUUAGCUGAGACAUGAAGAGCUGCAAGGAGUGGCGGAGGGAGCAAAGGAGUGCACAAGCGACGUCUGAAAGUGCGUGAGCGUGCUGAGGAGGAAAACAGGUCGAGGAGUGAACGCGGAGGAGGGAGUGAGUGGAAGACGAUAGGUGGAGCACCCGGACAGGAGAGUGCAUCUGUUGACUUGCGUCCUCUAAAAGACUGAGCCAGACACAGUGAGAGGCAGCCGCUGUGAAGCCAGAGAGCAAUAUAUGAUCCUACAACAACUUUAAGAGCCUGGCUGGGGUGGGGCUCAUUUUGGAAAUCAUGGCCAACAUCACUGCGACUAUACACCCAAGUAGUCUCCCAUGGCACGCCGAGGCGGUCCCUCUCUCCCGUGUCUCCUUGCAGGUCCAGGAGGUCUACCCUUUCCAUGAUGGAUGGAAUGUGGCCUGCUUCAUCAUCCUCCUGCUCUUCAUCCUCACUGUAGUGUCUCUAGCUGCCUUGGCCGUGCUCUAUGAGCUACUGGACUGUGGGUGCUGUGCCAAAGGGAAGACACAUCACCAGCUACAGGAGGAGGGGCCGGGAAGCUGCGGCAAGCUCAUGUCCAGCAUUUGCAAAGAGCCAGAAUCCUGCACUGAGGUGGUAUAGGGGCAGCAUGGAUGAAUUUAAGGAAGCGUAGGAAUUUGGGUUUCAGUUCUGAACUGGGCAAUAGCCCAGCGUAGACCCCGAUGCCCAGAAAAAAGAACUUCUAAAAGUACCCAAUAGUGGUUAAACUGCUCACAGCUAAGACGACGUGGAGGGAAGAGACAAAUUUAGGUGACAGAGCAAUGUAAAAAAGGAAGAGGAGUGAGUCUAAUUAGCUUUUCAUUUCAGUUAGGAGGGGAUCUUUACAAAUCUACAUUUACUACCACUUAACACACAGGGUGGACCCUAGAAGCCAUAUUUUACAUCAGAAACACUACCAGAAGAAAGAGAGAGCACCCAAAUAGUCUACUAAUAAUAGUGCUAAAAAUAGUGCUAAUAUGUGACCAUGUUAACAUAAAAAUACUAGAAAAACCCUAUAUCAGUUGGUUUAAAAAUAAAGUAUUCCUUUGCCCUUUGAAUACUGCACGUAAACAUGAGGCUAUUAUGUCCAUAUCUAAAGAUGUAUCCUAAGUUUCCAACAACUACCAGAUGAUCAAGCUUAGCUGGAGAGCGUUGCUGCUUUAAAUAAAGCCUGUUUUUCUCAGUUCUUUAGUAAAUUGUAUGCCAGUGUUGUCAACAUGUUUAGCAUUUGGUUUGUUGCACAGUGAUGUCAUUUUAUAACGUCAUCUUGAGCACAAUGUAUGAUUUCAUGGGCCUUAACACAAAAUGCCUAAUAAAUUAUCACUGAAUUAUG